AAAUUGCUCUGGAAAGUUUAGAUUUCAGUAUUUCAUUUCAGGGGAAGAUUUUCCAACAACUGUCGAAAUUGAGAGCGGCACAAACUUCACAGAACAUUUCGAUCUUAAAGAAGAAGUUGGAAAAGGCAGGUUCGGCACAGUUUACCGGUGUGUGGACAAGUCCUGUGGUAGACCCCGUGCUGCCAAGAUCAUCCGGUGCGUGAAGAUGAAAGACAAAGAGAAGGUGAGACAAGAGAUAGAGAUCAUGAGCCGGCUGCACCAUCCGAAGCUCAUGCAAGUCCUCGCGGCAUUCGAGAGUGGGCGGAAUAUGAUUAUGGUUAUGGAAUACAUAUCUGGCGGAGAACUUUUCGAGAGGGUGAUCGCAGACGAUUUCGUGUUAACGGAACAUGACUGUAUCCUUUUUAUGAAGCAGAUAUGCUGUGGAGUGGCUUACAUGCACAAGCACAAUAUUAUCCAUCUCGACCUAAAGCCGGAGAAUAUUCUUUGUAAGACUCGAACGUCACAUAAGAUCAAAAUAAUUGAUUUUGGAUUGGCUAGAAUCUAUAAACCAGAAGAAAAUUUGCGCAUUUUAUUCGGUACACCGGAGUUUGUAGCUCCCGAGGUGAUUAACUAUGAACCCGUCUGUCCCGCAAGUGACAUGUGGAGUGUUGGGGUCAUAUGUUAUGUCUUGUUGUCUGGACUCUCACCUUUCAUGGGGGACACGGAUACAGAAACAUUCGCAAACAUAACACGUGGCGAAAUGGAUUUCGAUGAUGAAGCUUUCGAAGAAAUAUCUGAAAACGCCAAGGACUUCAUAUCUCGCUUACUGGUAAAAAAAGUCAAGGGACGCAUGAGCGCCGAGGAGUGCUUGAACCAUACUUGGCUAGCGACAGCCAAUUUCGUGCAGAAGCGACCUUUGUCCACUGAAAAGUUGAAGAGAUUCAUAAUUCGAAGGAAGUGGCAAAAAUCUGGAAAUGCCAUCCGAGCUCUGGGACGAAUGGUAUCUCUGUCUCGUUCCUCACUGGGAAGCAGCUGUGACUCCUAUUCACCAGUGGGUUCUCCGACUAGCUCACGGUCUCGAUCAUCUUUGGUGUCUCGUAGCGAGACAACGGAAUCUGGAGACAGUGAUGUGUUUCAAGACCUCUCAAGGUGACCUGUUUUCAAGCAUGGAAGAGUAGACAUCAGCUGAAGAGAAGGCAAAGUCUUGUGACUUUACCUGGCACUGAAUGAUGCUAUUGUAAAAGGACUGCUAAAUGUGAACUUAAAGAGCGUCAGGAUGUUGCUUGUGCAUUUGAUUUUAUGCUGGUUAACUGACUGAAAAGUCGAAAAUGUAGAAUUAAUGUAAAUUAACUAAGCCUUUUUUUAUCUUACAUUAAUAUUUAAUAAAGUGUCUCGUAUUGCUUACAGAA